AUGGUCCGUCUUUCCAGCUUCGUCGCCUUCGCCGCGGCAUCCCUCGCCCCGUUCACCCAGGCCCAAGACCUGGAGACAUGUCUUGAGACGGCGGGUCUCAUCACAUCGUUCCCCGAGACCAACGCCUCGUUCCCUAACGACAUCCGCUCAUGGCAGCGCCGCAUCACCCCCACCCCGGCCGGUGUCGCCUGGCCGCGCACCACACCUGAGGUGGCCGCCGCCCUUGCCUGUGCCCGGGAGGCCAAGGUGCUCGUCGCCGCUCGUGAUGGCGGCCACUGCUACGGCUCUUACAGCUUGCCUACUGCCGGCCUCACCAUCAACAUGACCCAUUUCCAGAACGUCAGCUAUGACGAUACUACUGGCUUGCUUACCUACGGCGGUGGUGGUUUGGUGAGCCCGGUCGUCAGCUGGCUCUGGAAGGAGCACGGCGCCCGUUUCCCCCACGUCCGCGCCAACAUGGUCGGACUUGCCGGCUCCUCCAUCGGAGGUGGCUUCGGCUCCCUCUCCCGCAUGCUCGGAACUCCCAUGGACUACCUCGAGGGUGCCACGUACAUGCUGUACAACGGUACCAUUGCUGAGUGCUCUCGCACCAAGAACCCUGACCUCUUUUGGGCUCUCCAGGGUGCCGGCAGCUCCUACGGCAUUAUUCUUGACCUGACCACCAAGACUUGGAAGCCUACCUACGAGAAGGCCAUCGACUACACCAUCACUCUCAACGACACCUCGCUCACUGCCGGCGUUGACGCCCUCCUCGCCAUCCAGGAACAUGUCAUCACCGGCGAGUGGCCCGAUGAGCUGACCCUCCGCUGGUCCCUCACCGCGCCACCCUUCACCGGCUCCGGCUUCUACUGGGGCAACCCCGACGACUUCGACGCUCUGAUGGCGCCUCUCAUGGCCAAGCUCCCCGCCGGCACCAACCUCACCCGCAACAUCAACGACUUCUGGGCCACCGAGAACGUCGCCACCCCCUCCAUCGACACCCCCGUCGACACCUACCCUCCCCGCAGCUUCUACCUCCAGGCCCUCGUCCUCCGCGCCGACCAGCCCUUCACCAAGGAGUCUGCCAGCGCGCUCUACGAGCACACCACCCUCGCCUUCAACCGCACCGACCUGACCAAGUUCGGCUUCAUCGACCUCUGGGGCGGCAAGCCCGCCCGCGCCCUCAAGGACGAGGACACCUCCUUCGCCCACGCCAACAGUCUCUGGCUCAUCCGCUGGGAGGGCCGUCUCGCCACCGGCCUCACCGACUUCCCCGCCGACGGCCUGACGUACAUGCAGAACGGCCUUGAGCCCUUCCGCCAGCAGUUGACCACCGAGGGAGUGCCCCUGCGCGGUUUCGUCAACUACCGCGACACGGCCUUGUCUGUUGACCAGUGGAGCGAGCGUCUGUACGGCAAGAACUACGCCAAGCUGCAGCAGUUGAAGACCGUCUAUGACCCUGAGGGCAUGUUCACUGCUCAUCCUCAGAGCAUUCCUCUUCCUGGCCAGGAGCCCCCUGCCGCGAUUAACUAG